UGCGGGCGUGUGCGCGCAUGUGCGCGGCCCGGCAAUUUGCCCCGGUAGUAAAGGGUUGGGGGUCUUAGAGUUUUCGAUUGAUCUCCUUCUGAGUGUGAAUUCCUCUGUGGGACGGAAACAGGGAGCGUGGUGGGGAGAGAGUUGAUGUCGACCAGAGCCUCCAGCUUCUCCUCCGCUUUCUGGGAAACUUGCAGGCCUGCCCGGAGGGAAGCUGCGUGUUAGCAAGAUCUGGAGGCUGCAGACCCCCGUCAGGGCUCCUCCGAGACAGCGGGUUGUCUGGGGCUGGCGGCCUCCCCGGGCAGGACUUGGGGAGCUCAGCGACAGCUGAUUCCAGAACCACCUCUCUGCAGAAAAAUAACCACUUUACUUUCCAUUCUGCGGCCCGAGACAACCACAUCCUCCUCACACACAGCCCAGGCUCCCAUGGAGAACUCAGGUCAGUCUGACGUGGAGCUGGAUCUGCAGCGGAGCGUACAGGCUGUGCUCAGGGAGCUCAGUGCCCAGGCCCCCGCCCAGCAGAGCAACCAAGGCAUGUGCAGGUGGUCCCUGCACAAGAAGGUGGAGCGAGAUCCCAGUAAGAGUCCGGCGCUGGUCCGCAUUCUGCUCAGAGAACUGGAGAAGGCAGAAAGGGAGGACACGCGGCAUGUCAUCCUUCCCCUGCUGCACACGCUCAUGUACGUGCUCACUAAGGCCACAGGCAUCCCGGAGGAGCUCCACCGGAGCACCUACGCCUUCUGCACGCGGCUGCUGACCCUCCCCGCCCCCUACUGCACGGUCGCCCUGGACUGCGCCGUCCGGCUGAAAACAGAGACGGCCGUCCCCGGGACGCUGUACCAGAGGCUGGUCAUUGCGGAGCAGAACCUGACGAGCGAGCUGUACCCCUACCAGGAGAGAGUCUUCCUCUUCGUGGAUCCUGAGCUGGUGUCUCCUUCUGUGUGCAGUGCCCUGCUGCUGGAGCUGCAGGCGGCCCAAGAGCAGCAGACGCCCGAGGCCUGCAUGCGCCACGUGGUCUCCCACGCGCUGCAGGCGGCGCUGGGGGAAGCCUGCCAGGCAGGCGCACUGCAAAAGAGGCUGCAGGCCAGCCCCCGCCGCACCCUGGAGCGCUAUUUCCACGCCGUGGUGACAGCUGUGGAGCAGAUGGCUAGCGAGCCGAGCCCUAGCCGGGAGGGCCACCUGGAGAGGCUGGAGGAGAUUUACUGCUCGCUGCUGGGGCCGGCGGCGGCCGCCAGGGGGCGCGGCGACGGUGGCUCCGUUGAGGACCGGCCGCCCAGCAUCCCUCUGCCCAGCCCCUCCAUCACCUUCCACCUGUGGACCCAUGAGGAGCAGCUCUGGAAGGAACUGGUGCUCUUCCUGCGCCCGCAUUCCCACCUGCGCCUCAGUGCGGACCUGGAGGCUUUGGAUCUGCAGGGCCUCGGGCCAGACUGGGAGAUGGCCCGGGCCUCGGUGCUGUCCACCGACAGCGGCAUCGAGCGGGACCUUCCUUCGGGGGCCGACGAGCUGCCUGGCAGCCCCGAGAUGGAGCGAGCCGGGCUGCAGCGCAAAGGGGGCAUCAAGAAGCGGCUGUGGCCCCCGAACAUCCUGAUGCCCAGCGGCUUGGAUGGGCCGUCAGGGUUGCACCGCAGGACGGGCCAGCCCAGCGGAGAUGGGGAGCUGCUCCCUGGGGUCUCCCGGCUGCACACGGCCCGGGUGCUGGUGCUGGGGGACGACAGGAUGCUGGGGCGCCUGGCCCGGGCCUAUCACAGCCUCAGGAAACGAGAGACCCAGAAGUUCUGCCUCACCCCCAGGCUCAGCCUGCAGCUCUACUACAUCCCGGUGCUGGCGCCCGAGAAGCCCGCAGCAUCCAGGCAUUCAGAGCUGGGAGAGCUGGCGGCGUUCCUGGGCCGUGCAGACCCGUGGUUCGAGAGCAUCGUCAACACCCUGUGCCCUGCCAUCCACAAGCUGGCCGAGAUGCCUCUGUCCCUGGACACAUCCCAGACCGUAGACCCCUUCAUCCUGGAUGUCAUCACCUACUAUGUGCGCAUGGGCGCCCAACCCAUCUAUUUCCAGAUCUACAUGGUCAAGAUCUUCUUCAGCGACCUGAGCCAAGACCCCGUGGAGGACAUUUUCCUCACCGAGCUCAAGGUCAAGAUGCAAGACUCCAAGUUUCCCAAAGAGGGUUGUUCACCCCGGAGGAGAGGCGUGGCCGAGGGCCCAGGGGCGGAGCUCUUCAUUAGCUACCAGAAGGCCCUGCUCAGUCACCGGGCCCGGGAGGUCACCGUGUCCCUGCGGGCCACUGGCCUGGUCUUGAAGGCCCUUCCAGACAGUGGCACUGAAGUUUCAGGGCCCACCCACUGGUCCCCAGCUGCUGCUCCCCUGACAGACCACAUGUGCCUGAGUGUCAGCGUGACAGAGGUCAUCAAGACCUCCCACUUGGCAGGAAGGUCCUUCUCCACAGUGACAAACACCUUCCGGACGGCCAGCAUCCAGAUCCAGAGUCAGGACCAGAAACUGCUGACACUGACGCUGGACAAGGACGGUCAGCGAACGUUCAAGGAUGUGGUCAGAUUCGAGGUUGCUCCCUGCCCAGAGCCGUGUUCCAGGGCGCAGAAACCCAAGGCCUCGUGGCUGAGUUCACACGGGCAGGAGGUGGAAAGGACCAAAGCCAAGGCCAAACCCCUUCUAAUGCCCAUCAACACGUUCUCUGGCAUCGUCCAGUGAGCCUGAAGGGGGCACAGAACCGCUGAGUCCGAGAGAGGCAGGCCCGCGAGUAAGAGCACACUACCCCGCUGGCCCCCAGACAGUCACACCAACCGCCGGACCAAUGCCCGGUCCCCCUGGGCGGCUUCCAGCCGGUCCUAGAAGCCAGCAGGUGCCUAGAGCCCGGGCAGCGGGCCGCGGGCCGCGGGGGUGUGAUGGAGCAAGGCCCGAACAAAGUCCGGGGCAGGCCCUGGCCAAGCUGCACCAAAGCCUGGCUCCUCGCACCCAGCUCCAUCCUUUGUGGAUUUCUCAUUCCUGCCUCUCCCGCUGUCUUCUCCCACUCAGGCUCCCUGCCCGGCCCUUAAAGCCAAGGUGAGAGCUGCUGUCCUGGCCAGGGCCCGGCGGCCUGGGUGACACAGGAAGCAGGCAGGGGCCGCCAUCCCUCUUCCCUCAGGCCACUGCCCACCUUACCCGCUCCCAGGCGGCCGUCUCUUCUGGCUGAGACGGAAAUGUCAGAUUCAAUAAAUACACACUAAAGCAUU